UGAUCGUUCUGGCUCCAAGCUUACAAGGCGCAGCUGAUUCAUCAUGGAAGAACAGCAAACCAACAUUGAAAGCACAUCGCCAGCUACCGAUGGGCAGUCCCAGUCUCCACAAAGAGUAGACUCGAGUGCUCCUGAACGUUCUCUCAUUGUUCAUUCUCAAACACACAACUCGGGAUUCUUUUCUAAAUUUCGAUAUCAUUUAUUUGCAGCUGGAUUUGCAUUUCUGUUAAGUCCCCUAGCAUUUAUAUGGCCAGGUCAAUCCUCUAUUGAUCCGACAAACUACGUGGAGCGGACGAGGAGAGUUUUGAAGACGACACCCUUAAUUGAUGGGCAUAAUGAUUUACCCUGGCAAUUGCGCAUAGAGUUGCAUAAUCGCAUAUAUGAUGGCCGGGUUGACUUAAAUAAAAGACUCCUGGGUCAUACAGACCUUCAGAGGAUGCGAACGGGAAUGGUGGGGGGUCAGUUUUGGAGUGUGUAUGUGCAUUGUGAUGUUCAUCAGCAACAGUUUGAAGAUCCAUCUUGGAUAGUAAGGGAUACUUUAGAGCAAAUUGAUGUCACUAGAAGAUUCAUCGACGAGCACCCUAAGGAUCUCCAGUACUGUGAUACGACGGCCUGCGCCCGUAAAGCUUUCAAGUCAGGCCGCAUCUCUAGUAUGAUCGGCAUUGAAGGCGGCCAUCAGGUUGGGGGCAGUAUUGCUAGCAUACGGCAGAUGUACAAUCUUGGAGCACGCUAUAUUACCCUCACUCAUAACUGCGACAAUUCAUUCGCGACUUCGGCUUCUACUGUGGCGGCUGGAGGACCCGACGAUGGGCUCUCUAAAUUAGGGUAUGAUGCUAUCAAGGAGAUGAAUCGGUUAGGAAUGAUAGUAGACCUAUCGCAUGUGUCGCAUCAGACGAUGAGAGAUGUGCUGAGUGUAGCACAAGCACCGGUCAUCUUUUCGCAUUCAGGGGCUUACAGUGUAACUCCACACCUUCGGAACGUACCCGACGACGUUCUCCGAACGGUAAAGCGCAACGGAGGCAUCGUCAUGGCCGUAUUCGUGAAUCGGUUCCUCAAGAUGAAAGACCCAGACCAGGCGACUAUUCACGAUGUUGUAGAUCACAUAUUUCACAUUGCGGAGGUAUGCGGCUGGGAUUGCGUCGGUGUGGGCAGCGAUUUUUCAGGAACCCCCUAUGUACCCAUCGGCCUAGAAGAUGUCUCAAAGUUCCCCGAUCUCGUUCAACUUCUGAUGGAACGUGGCGCGACCGAUGAGCAGAUCCGCCUAUUUGCAGGAGAAAACAUCCUCCGCGUUUGGUCAAGGAUCGAGCAACGAGCGCGUGAGAUACAAGCUACAGGGGAGAAGCCUGUAGAAGAAGAAUAUGAAGGAAGGGAAUGGCAUAAGGGACUAAAGGACUCGCCUUGGAUGUUGAGAGGGAGUAGACAAAAGGCUAUCGAGGCUGGCGCUGCGGAUAAGCCGUACAUGUUUAACGUAGAUGGAGAGGGGAAGCAUAACCCAGCAGUCAAAGGUGUAUAAACCACCCAAAGUAAAUAGAUCAGGGGUAACAUUGAAAAAACAUUAGAAGGUAAUAUUGACCUACCUGUCGAUAUGAGUAUCGUUAAUUAAUAAUUGUAAAUAUUUUCUGAGACGGCACAUCUGUAGAACUUAGUAAACGCAGGUGCGAACUACGAUAUCACCCUACGUCUACAUGCAGCGCACCUCAAAUUUAGG